AUGAGCGGAUUGCCGCAUUUACAUGGGCGCCAACACGUGCAACAUGCGCAGCCUUCUUCGCUGCAGUGUGAUCCCAAGCAGCCUGCCCCAUAUGCUCCCACGAUUGACCGCUUGGAUUCGACCAAUUCAGGGCAUGGCAGUCACCCUUCAGAGUCGCAGUCUUCAAUUGCUCCUGCGAGUACAGUGAUCGAGCCCGCAUCAGAAUAUACACUUCUUGCAGCUUCUAGCCGAGCUACCAAUCCAGCCUCGCCAACAGGCGUCCUUUCCCACUCCCAAGAAUCAUCGGGUGCAAGGUAUCCGACUACCCGGUCUCGCUCUUCCCCAGAUAGAUCACAAAUGCGACCUAGAUAUACCCAAAUAACCAUAGGCGAUACAUCAGAGAGGAAGCAAGUUGAAUCCAAACGUUCGGUUUCCAGUGUGCACAACAAUAGUUCCACAGCAGCUCCAGAACCCCCAAGCCCGUCUGGGAUAGCUGCGGGUCACAAGAGAACUGCAACUGGCUUUAUCAAACCAUCGGUGGAAGAUCAACAUUAUAGUUCAAGUGGAACCAUUACCGAGAGACGUCGGUCUAAAAGCAAUAGCUCAGCUACGCAUGGAAAUAGAAUUGCAGCGUUGUCUGUGCACCUUCGCACACGUCUGUCUUACGCUGCUGCUAAGAUCGAGGCAAGCCGACGGUCACAGGGCUCUCAGAACAAGUUAUCGUUGGGUUUGCUUCACGGUGACCGUUCAUCUUCAACUCCCGCUGCCGACCCGUUCGAAAGGAUAGGGCGGGGAGGAGGCGUAGUGGAGCCCAGCUCUCCUGGCGCAAUUACUUCUAUGUCUGUGCCAGAUACAGUACCAAAAUCUCCUUUCCACACAUUCAACGAUCCUAUGCGAUUGUCCCCGACAGCCAGAUCGGAAGACUCUGCACCAUCUUUGAAGAGUGAUCCCCGAAAAUCACACACCCCACUUUCUUCACUACCCAGAUUUGCGAGACUCGCACCACCUGCAGAUAUCAUUCCAAGAAGUGACAGCAGUAGGCGCAGGCGCCCGAACCCAAAUGAUCCCACUAGUCAGACACAGAAUUUCCCUUACCCUCGCCAUCGACGGCAUCAUUCUCAGCAAAGUGUCAGUACAAUCAAACGAAACUCUAGCUCAGAGACGGUAUUAGUUCCUGAGACACCUCCUCUCCGUCCAUUGCCUCACGACGGCCUAUCCAGUCAGCAAAGCCAUUCACAAAACUCGUCCAUGGAACAAGAUGCGAUAGAGACGCUACUCUUCAUGUCCAGUCCGGGACCCUCGGGGUACUGCUCCAAUUCACAGCCAUCCCGAAGUCAGCCAAAUCAUACACAUAGCAGCAUUACAUCUACGCAGACUAAAUACAGCGCACCUGGGAGUCAAGACACGCACAUGCUUGUAGACCCGGCUCAGCGUCGUCCUGUAUAUCGUGACUCAGGCGUGGGAUUAGAAGCUCAAGCCGGUGAUGAAAUCGAUCGCUUAUUAGAUCAAAUGGACAGCGAUAGCGAGGAUGAAAAGAAUUACCCCUCCGGCCACUCAAAUAGCAUCAGCACUCGCUCAACGCCAAGCGGCGGUUCUCAGGGACGUAACCCUCCGUUUCGAUCAUGA